UGAAUUUUUGACCGUUUUCCACAAGUUUUCUUCAAAAAGUCUUGAAUUUCGUUUAAAAUCAUCAAAUUAGUUCUGAAAAGUGUCAAAAAACUUUGAAAUUGAGCAAAAUUUUUCAAUUUUCAUCAAAAAUUCGACAAGAAAUACCUGAAAAAGUCGAUUUCCAUCCAAAAUCCGUCGUGUCAACAUAAAUUUUACGUGUUCCAAAGAUGUUUUCCGCUCAUAAAUCCAACUUUCAGGACUACAUCCUCAUCCACACUGGAGUUUUGAUGAUCCCACACAGCUUUAAUGGCAUGCCCAACCAAUCUGGCGUCCUGUAUCUCACAAAAAACGGCAAACUCGAGUUGAAUUUCGCCGUAAAUCCCGAAGAAGGUCCCACGUGGAAAUGUAUUUUGGAUCAAUUUGACCAAUUACGUCGAAUGACGGCGAAUAUUUUGAGAGUUGAGACCUAUGGCAUCGUCACACUCUUCAAAUUUUCGGAUCCCAGUCAAGCCAGAUCCUUGUACGAGGUAGUCGAAGUGCUCCAAGCUGAUGUCAAAGUUGUUUACAAGAACGAAAUUUGUGCUCAAAUCGACUUUGAAUUGUUUGAAAUGAAAACUUACAAGGAAAAUGGCGAAGAUUUGAAGGAAAAUCGGAGUCCCGUGGAAGUUCCGGCAGUUCCUGGCUUAAUUAAGAUUAAGAAAAGUAAAGUUAAGAGGCAAUCAUCGCUCAAGAAUUCGUUCAAAACGAUUGUUAAUGCUGCUAAACGUAUGAAAGAAAUUCCUAAAAUAGCUAAAAUUCCAUCCACUGAGGAAGAAGAGACCUCUCCAUUGUUGAUUUAAAGUUGAUUUUUUUGUUUUUCUAUUAUUGAUCUCUUAAUUUUGUGUAAAUAUUUUCAAAUUAUUGGCUUGGAAAGCAUUUUUCUUUACUAAAUAUACGUCAAAAAAUGUAAAUUUCCU